CGGAAACAUGGCGGCGGGCAGGGAGUGAGCCGCCCCGCGUUGCCGCUGCGCCCGCAGAUUUAUCCAUCUUGCUAAGGAGGAAAUUCCUAUUUGGUAUAGCUGAUGGUACCAUGCAAAAAUCAGAUCCUCGAAAAGAUGGAGAAAUUAACAUACAGAGAAACUGACUUGUCAGAGGUCAGAGAAAGGUAUUGGUGGAUCCAGGGAUAAAUACCAAAGCUCUUAACUCCCUGACCAGUUUUUAGUCCAUUGACUAUGCAGCCUAGUGUAAUAGACUGGAAUGAUGUUAGAAAACAUAAAUAUGGUCACCUAUCAGAGUCUGCAUCCCAAUGUCAAGAAGCUACUGACAUCCUGGAGCUAGGUCAUUUUACCUGGGACAAAUACCUAAAAGAAACAUGUUCAGUCCCAGCGCCUGUCCAUUGCUUCAAGCAGUCUUACACACCUCCAAGCAACGAGUUCAAGAUCAGCAUGAAAUUGGAAGCACAGGACCCCAGGAACACCACAUCUACCUGUAUUGCCACAGUAGUAGGACUGACAGGUGCUCGCCUCCGCCUUCGCCUUGACGGCAGCGACAAUAAGAAUGAUUUCUGGCGUCUGGUUGACUCAGCUGAAAUUCAGCCUAUUGGGAACUGUGAGAAGAAUGGGGGUAUGCUGCAGCCCCCUCUGGGAUUUCGGCUGAAUGCUUCCUCUUGGCCCAUGUUCCUUUUGAAGACGCUAAAUGGAGCAGAGAUGGCUCCCAUCAGGAUUUUCCACAAGGAACCACCAUCGCCUUCUCACAACUUCUUCAAAAUGGGAAUGAAGCUGGAAGCUGUGGACAGGAAGAACCCUCAUUUCAUUUGCCCAGCCACUAUUGGGGAAGUGCGGGGCUCAGAGGUGCUUGUCACAUUUGAUGGGUGGCGAGGGGCCUUUGACUACUGGUGCCGCUUCGACUCCCGGGACAUCUUCCCCGUGGGCUGGUGUUCCUUGACUGGAGACAACCUGCAGCCACCUGGCACUAAAGUUGUGAUUCCAAAGAAUCCCUAUCCUGCAUCUGAUGUGAACACUGAGAAGCCCAGCAUCCACAGCAACACCAAAACUGUCUUGGAGCAUCAACCAGGGCAGAGGGGGCGUAAACCAGGAAAGAAGCGGGGCCGGACACCCAAGCCCCUAAUUCCCCAUCCCAUCUCUACCCCAUCCAAGUCAGCUGAACCUUUGAAAUUCCCAAAGAAGAGGGGUCCCAAACCUGGCAGUAAGAGGAAACCUCGGACUUUGCUGAACCCACCACCCACCUCACCAACAACCAGCACCCCUGAACCGGAUACCAGCACUGUACCCCAAGAUGCUGCCACCAUCCCCAGCUCAGCCAUGCAGGCCCCCACAGUUUGUAUUUACUUGAACAAGAAUGGCAGCACAGGCCCCCACUUAGAUAAGAAGAAGGUCCAGCAGCUCCCUGACCAUUUUGGGCCAGCCCGAGCCUCCGUGGUGUUGCAGCAGGCUGUGCAGGCUUGCAUCGACUGUGCUUAUCACCAGAAAACCGUCUUCAGCUUCCUCAAACAGGGUCACGGUGGAGCAGUUAUCUCAGCCGUGUUUGACCGCCAGCAGCACACCCUCAACCUCCCAGCAGUCAACAGCAUCACCUACGUCCUCCGCUUCCUGGAGAAACUCUGCCACAACCUUCGCAGUGACAAUCUGUUUGGCAACCAGCCCUUUACGCAGACUCACUUGUCACUCACCACCACAGAGUACAGCCACAGCCACGACAGGUACCUACCAGGUGAGACCUUUGCCCUGGGAAAUAGUCUGGCCCGGUCCUUGGAGCCACACUCAGACUCAAUGGACUCCACCUUGAACCCCACAAACCUUGUCAGCACCUCCCCAAAUCUUCGAAAUCCUGGGUACCGGCCUUUGCUUCCAUCCUGUGGCCUCUCACUGAGCACUGCCUCGGCUGUGCGCAGGUUCUGCUCCAGGGGGUCAGACCGCCGGGAUGCCUCUCGACAGAGUGGCCGGGACCCCUCCUCGUGGACAGUUGAGGACGUGAUGCAGUUUGUCCGGGAAGCUGAUCCUCAGCUUGGACCCCAUGCUGACCUCUUUCGCAAACACGAGAUCGAUGGCAAGGCCCUGCUUCUGCUCCGCAGUGACAUGAUGAUGAAGUACAUGGGUCUGAAGCUGGGGCCUGCACUCAAGCUCUCCUACCACAUUGACCGGCUGAAGCAGGGCAAGUUCUGAACAGGGAGAUGCAGCCUAGACAACCGAGGGGUUGAGCAGAGGGGGCGUUCUUCUCCCAGGAAGAAGGGCCGUCAGCCCACUCCCGGGCACCUCAUUGGGGUCCGAGGCCACCUUAGGACUCCAGGAGGCUGUGUGGAGCCACCGCCACUAUCCCCUCCUGCCAUGAUAUGUCCUUCCAUGAAGGACCGAGGGGGGUGGUGUGGGGCCCAGGGCUGGCGCUGCUCUUCCCCUCAGCCCUGCCUCAGCUCUGACGUCCCCUGUAUUUAUUUCUCAAGCCUGGCCGGCCUCUCCCCAGGAGUUUAGACUGAAUACCUUCCAAGUGAUGGAGGAAGGGGCUGACCCCUGAGGCCUCGGAAGAUGGGGCCCCGAAGUGACACUCAUGCCCGGUCCCCUCACCACCUGCUGGGCCUGGUGUGGCGCCCCAUUGCCCCACAGCUCCUGCCUUCUCCUUAUGAGAUCCGCAGACUCCAAACUCAUGGUGCAAACCUCUACCUUUUUUAAAAAAAGAUCUUUUCUUAUUGUUAAUUUAUUGUUUCUGGCACUUGGGCAAGCCCUCCAGUUCAUAGCCCUCUCACUCCAGACACUGGGUUUCAGGAGGAGGGGGACUGCUCUGCCCUGGCCCCAGACAGGCCCUCUCCAGGGAGGUGCGGCCCCUUUUCAGAGGACGUUACCAGGCACUUUCUCUUUGGGAUGGACAGACCCAUCAAGCCUUGACCAUGUCACUCAGCACGGGGAGGAGAGGCCCUGCACCUUCCCUCUCUCCCUCUGCUGGGCUCUCGGCAGCCUCAGCCUCAUCUGUGGGAAUGGGAGUUCCUGCCCCACACUGUCCCUGCCACAGAUCCUUGCCCUGGCCAGAAUUACUGCCGAAGGAGGGUGGGCCCAAUGAUUUUAAGCCAAGAAGGCCCUAAGAUGGAUGGAAAAAAAAGGUCUCUAAGGCUGGAGUGUGAGUGCACCAUUCCACUGUCCACAUGCUUCCUUUGUAAGCAAGUCAGCAGCACAGCUGCCCCCGCUGCCAUCUGGACUUAUUUUAUGUCAACUUGUUUAUAAAUAAAAAACUAUAG